CCUUGAGCAAACGUCAUCAUCAACCAAUGAGAAGCGCCGUUGAUCGGAUGCGUGCGCAUAGCUAUCGAUGAUGAUGAUUUGUGCCGUUUUUAAUGGCAUAGUUCAAGAUUGGAGUGUUUAGUAUGGCGUCGUCGUUCAUCGAAGAUAUACUUGGAACAGAAGUUGAUGAAAAGGCCGUUAGCGCUUUCGUGGGCUCAUUGGAAAGUCAGUUAGCGUCCCCAUCGGCCGGUCGUUCAUCUGGUACAAAUACGGCAAAUACUUUGCCCCAUUCACAGCGUUCAAAUCAAGUCCCUUCGUCUUCGGCCGCAAGCAAUUCGAGCCAAAGUAACAAUUCAAGUGUGGCCACAGUUAUCAAUAUAAAUACUGCAACAGGUUCACCAAUUAUUACUGGCAAGUCAUCGUAUAAUAAUUCUAAUUCGAGUGCAUCAACGCCAAUCAAUAUCGCACCAAGGCCGGUUGUGACAUCGGCCAUUUCACUAGCACCUAAAACGGUAACACUACUAUCUCCACAGAGUGGAAAUCGCAGUUAUUUGCCAGUGCAAACUACUGGUCUUGGCCUUCCGUUAAUGAUGGGUCAAGUGAGGGGGCAAUUACCUCACGCACCCAGACUGGUGUCAACUGCUAUGUCAUUACCAAGGACCAAUACACCACAAAAUACAGUUCAUAAACUCUCGCCACAAAUUCAUAGUAUGCAGCAAACCGGGUCGGCCCAAAGGAUUGCAAUUAAACAAGAACAAAAAUCUCAGUUAAAACAGCCCGCUGCAUUAAACAAUAAUCUGCGCAUGCAUACACCAAUGCCUGGAAAACCUGACCAAAACCAUGCAAUGGUUAUCAAAAAUGAACCAAAAAUGAUUACAAAUCAUGUACCACACAUUGCGGCAAUUAAAUCUGAACCGGCAGGUACGGUCGUUACUCAGCACAGCAAUACGGCAGCUGCGCAAAACCGUGCGGCGGCACAAGUGCAGGUUCAUCGAGUAAAAGAGCAAGUUGUGAAAUUACAAAGUUUCUUCACAAGGUUAAUAACCCUGGCAACUGCACAAUCGCACGAGAUUGGAAAAGCUGUUCAGGAACUUAUAAAGGCUGUCAUGGUAAGGACAGGGAAUGUUUAGUCUACAGCCUCUCUCAAUUUGAGUUGAUCAGCUGUAUUUUAUUGUUGAUGUGGUGUUGUAUUCAGUGUGGAUAAUCACAACGUCACUUGACUCUGACCAAUGUCUGCUGUAGUUGCUCAGACAUUGCUCAGCAAUGGUGGGCCAGCUUUUCAAUAUUUACAUUGGUUGGUCAUGCUGAUCACUUGAUGUGCUGAUCACCCGCAUGACCAAUCAUAGUUAACUUUCGGUAAGUGGUUCCAAUGAUCCAUGCAACUAAAAAGUGCUAGGUCGCUAUUGUUUUCAAAUUUUCUGCAUGUCUGGUAUCACAAACUUGGUACAAUAAAAUGUUACCCAUCACGGCAAAGCCAAAAAAAUGUUUUGUGUUCUUUUGCUUGCAUGCUUUUUGAAAAACAAUUUACUUGAUUUAUUAACAAUUGAAAACUGCAUAUUUUAUCUGAUGAGUCAACAUGUCUGUACAGAAUAAAAUUAAUUGGCCAUUUAGUGUUUUUGUUUGGCAAGUAGCUGAUUGCUGAUUGUUACAAUCCACACUGGUUGCAUUGAGUAGUUUGCUUUGCAAAGAAUAAGACAGUGUUAAUUUUUUAUACUAUAGUGUUAAAAUUACUCAUUUCUCACCUCAUUUGGCCCUAACCAGAUGAAUGCUUAAAUUAUAUAAUGAAAAUUGUGGUACCACUGGUAGAUGUUAGAAUGCCUCUGAGGUGCAGGAAAUUGCAAGGAGAUGAAAAACCUUGCCAUUGCAUCUCUUUGGAUCUGUCUAUAAGAUCAUCAGUUGGUUUCUUGUUAACCCAUUGAGCAGGGCUUGAAAUAAGAGCUGAUCAAUGAUCAGCAAGAAAUUGCUUAUGAUUGGCGGAAAAGCAGGGUUUCCAACCUGAAAAAGAAGGGAAAGUCAUGACUCCCGAUCAUCAUGAUUGGGAACUUUGGGAAUGUUAUUUCAGGCCCUGUUGAGUGAAAAGCACUCUCCCCUGGAUGAGUAAGAUCGUCUGGCAUUAGUCAGAGUAAAAUAAUAAAGUGGAGCAUGUUAGGGUGUAAUGCAACUAAAUGGGUUAAUGACCGGCAACAGCCUUUUACAUAGUCAAUAUUCUAUCCAGUUUUAUUCUAAGAUCAGCAUAUUCACCCAGUGGUGUGUAUCUCAUGGAGAGGACCAGAUACUCACCACCAGGCUUUUAGCCAGGAUCCUGAAAGAGGGUGUUCAAUUUUGUUAGACUAAGUAUCUCUUCAGUCACCUAAAGCACAUUCACGAUUUUUCAAACACCCCUAGCUUUGUGAGUUUUGUGCCACUAUGCUUCUUUACUUGACAAUGACACUUUCAUUCAACAGGUACUGUACACUAUAAAACUGGUCAAUAUGUCAAAUGUGUAAUAAUAUUGAAAAUUGAAGCUACUGUAUAUUUCAUUUCAAAUAUAUUAAUAUAUUUAGGGAAACAUUGAGAAUAAUUUCCCCCCAGAAUUUUGAAUGCCCAAUUGCAUCCAUUUUUUUUGCUCACCACCAAACCAUUCAUCAUGUCAGCAUCACCUGAUGAUUUAUGAUGCUCUUAAUAUCAGCUACAUUGGUGGUCCCAAAUUGCACAUCCUGACCUAUAUGAACCAUUUCUGUCAGAUAUUAGAUAGGGGUUGUAAAAAUCACUGACCAAGGAUAGCACUUAUAUAAGUCCUUUGUACAACUGUGUAAUUAACUAAACUAAAUAACUGAAAGGACAAGAAUGUUUUUUGUCAUUUUCAGGACAAUAAAUUAACAGAGGAAGAUUUCACUGCAAAACUUGAAAAAACCUUGAGUUCACCUUCACAACCUAAUCUUGUUCAUUUCUUGAAGGUAUGUACAUUUGAUUCAAUACAGAAUGCAACUACGCUUGUAGAAUACAUUUUCUGUGUUUAUUAUAGUUGUAGAAAGACGUUAAAGUGCUGGUGUUUGUGGCACAGUGCAGUCAGGGCAGAUUCAGACAGCUUUGACAGGUUUAUAUAAACCUGUUAGAUUUUCCAAAGAAAGAAAAUCUAUAACUUUCUAUAUGUGUAUAACUUUGAGAAUAUUCUGUUUCAUUAAAUUUGAUGUUGUCUAAUUUAUUCCUUCAGUCAACACUACCGUUUCUACGUAUGGCGAAGCAACAGAAUGCAGCAGCAGCGGCUGCCAUAGUCAACCCACCAGUUGUACGGCAAGUGCAGAAACCUGUGCAAUCUGUGGCAGUCGUUAGCAAAUCACAACCCACUAUCUUACCAUCAACGCAAGUCAAUCGACAAGUACGUAAAGUAAUAUGA